AUGUUGAAUAAGGUUAAUUAUACUAUUUGGGCGUUGCGUAUCCGCGCGAUUUUUAACGUUCAUGGCGUGUGGGAGGCCAUUGAACCCGGAACUGAAACCGAUGUGAAGAAAAACAAUAUGGCGAUUGCUUUGUUGUUUCAAUCCAUACCGGAAGAACAAAUCUUGCAAGUUGGUAAUCUGAAGACGGCAAAAGAGAUGUGGGAUGCAUUGCAAGCGCGCCAUCUGGGAGCCGAUCGGGUACGUGAAGCAAGACUACAGACACUCAUGUCAGAAUUUGAGGCGUUAAAGAUGAAGGAUUCUAGCACAGUUUAUGAGUUUUCUAGCCAGUUAACAAUGUCUUCAAAAGUGGCGUCUCUCGGUUCUAUAAUAGAGGAACAAAGGAUCGUGAAAAAGUUUCUCAGUGGUUUACCAAGGCGGUUCAUCCAUAUGGUAGCCUCAGUUGAGCAAAUCUUGGAUCAAAAAACAGUUGCAUUCGACGAUGUUGUUGGUCGAAUAAAGGCGUAUGAAGAACGCACAAAAGAUGAAGAAUUGCAGUUGGAUAAUCAAGGUACUCAAACGAAACUAAUGUUUAAUUAUUCUAAUGCCUCUUCAAGUUCUAGACAAACUUCACGCGAUUCGAGUAGGGGAUGCGGGAAAGGCUCGAACCGUGGACGUGGUGGUGGUGGUGGACGCGGUCGAAACCAAUCUGGUCAAAACCACGGGUCACAAGGCGGGUCCAACGAAGGGGAUAAACAACAAGGAAAGAAGGAUUAUUCGAAGGUUCAAUGCUUUCGAUGCGACAAGUUUGGUCACUUUGUUUUGAGAUAUCCAGAGCGAAAGAAAGAGAAACAAGCAAACUUGAUCGAUGUGGAAGAAAUUGACCCGUCUUUGUUUAUGGUGCAAGAUGUUCAAGAAAUCGUUUACUUGAAUGAAGAAAAGCGUGUUGGUGGCAAAGUUAAAUUCGGGGAUGGGUCUCAAGUCGAAAUAUGCGGGAAAGGGUCUAUAUUACUAUUGGGUAAAACGGGGGAGCAAAGGUUAAUGACCGAUAUUUAUUAUAUCCCUAGUUUAUGUAGUAAUAUAAUUAGUCUUGGUCAAGCAAUGGAGUGUGGAUGUGAUAUUCGUAUGAAAGACGAUUAUUUAUUAAUGCGUGACGCUCAAGGCAAGGAAAAAAGUGAAGCGUUUGAAACCUUCAAAAAAUUUAAAGUCAUGGAGGAAGUGGAAGUUAGUAGAAAAAUCAAGACGUUUCGAACCGAUCGAGGGGGAGAAUUUACGUCUCAUGAGUUCAAUCGGUUCUGUGAAAACGAAGGGAUUAUUCGACACUUAACCGCUCCAUAUUCACCUCAACAAAACGGGGUGGUGGAGAGAAGAAACCGUACCUUAAUGGAGAUGACUCGAAGUAUAUUAAAAGCGCGACAAGUUCCUAAUUUUAUGUGGGGGGAAGCGGUGAGGCACUCAACCAAUUUAAUAAAUAAAACUCCAACAUGA